CUCUCUCUCUCUCUCUCUCUCUCUCUCUCUCUCGCGUGUCGCCGCGCCUCCGCCGGUGAGUCCUCGAGCUGUGCUUCCUGCAGCCGUGCAGCGUGUCGUCGUCGUCCGCCAUCACUGCACCCAACGCCUGGUGUGCUCCAGUGCUCGCGUCUUGCCUCUCUUCCUACAGCUGUGCUUCCUGGUGAGUGCUCGCGUCUCGCUGCACCGCGCCUCCGUCCCUCCCUCGCCUCUCUUCCGUGGUUGUUGCUGCCUGAACUGCUGCUUGUCGUCCACCUUCUGCCUCUGCAACAACAAUGAUCUAUCAGUUGAACCAGAGACUCAGUGACUUAGUAGUUUGAUCGGUUCAGUCAGUGGGUCAGUUCUGACAACUAUGUUCGAAACCACCACCAUAAACCUCUCGCACUGCAGAUCUCACAGGAAGAAAGCUGUGACUCGACGGUUCUAUCUGUUCCGAAAGGAAGAAAGCUCAGAAGUUGAGAUAACUGGGAGCGGAAAUCCUGUUUAGGAAAUUCAACUGAAUUUCGCUGUUGUCAGUGAAUAUGGCUGUGAAUGAAUUAGACACAGAACAAGACCUUGCACCAUCAAAGAAGAAGCCACUUUCUGAGGAUGAGAAGAGGAAGAAGAAAAUUGUGCCUGGGAGUUUGAUGAAAGCAGUUGUGAGGUCUGGUGGUGGUGAUUCUGGACCUUCAGAUGGUGAUCAGGUUGUUUAUCAUUCCACAGUUCGAACAUUAGACGGAGUGCUUGUGGAAUCUACUAGGUCUGAUUAUGGAGGCAACGGCACACCAAUAAGACAUGUUUUAGGCAAAAGCAAGAUAUUAUUGGGCUUGCUGGAAGGAAUCCCAACAAUGUUGAAGGGUGAAGUGGCAAUGUUCAAGAUGAAGCCUCAGAUGCACUAUGGUGAGGAUGAUUGUCCUAUUUCUGCUCCUGAUAGUUUUCCAAAGGAGGAUGAACUUCACUUUGAAAUUGAGCUGAUAGAAUUUUUCAAAGCCAAGGUUGUUACUGAUGAUUUGGGAGUUGUGAAAAAGGUUAUUAAUGAAGGUCAGGGUUGGGAAUCUCCAAGAGAACCUUACGAAGUGAAGGCUUGGAUUUCAGCAAAGACAGCUACAGGGAAAUUGAUUAUGUCACAUACAAAAGGAGAACCAUACUUCUUUACAUUUGGAAAAUCAGAGGUACCUAAAGGUCUUGAAAUGGGAAUAGGAACAAUGACUCGGGAAGAGAAGGCUGUUAUAUAUGUUACAAGUCAGUAUUUAACUCAGUCUCCACUGAUGCCUGUAAUAGAAGAUUACGAUGAAGUGCAGUUUGAGGUGGAGCUCGUCCACUUUAUUCAAGUGAGGGACAUGCUUGGAGAUGGGCGCCUAAUAAAGCGCCGCAUUCGUGAUGGCAAAGGUGACUUCCCAAUGGAUUGCCCUCUUCAUGACAGCCUACUUCGUGUACAUUACAAGGGCACGAUUGUCAAUGAAGAAAAUAGAGUAUUCUACGAUACAAGAGUUGAUAAUGAUGGUGAGCCUUUGGAGUUCUGCUCUGGAGAAGGUCUGGUGCCAGAAGGAUUUGAAAUGAGUGUUCGCUUGAUGCUUCCUGGAGAGAUAGCUCUUGUCUCAUGCCCCCCUGACUAUGCAUAUGAUAAGUUUCCAAGGCCAGCAAAUGUCCCUGAUGGCGCUCAUAUUCAAUGGGAGAUUGAACUUCUUGGUUUUGAAAUGCCAAAGGACUGGACUGGAUUGGACUUUAAUAGUAUAAUGAAUGAGGCUGAGAAGAUCAGAAACACGGGUAACAGGCUAUUCAAAGAAGGAAAAUAUGAACUUGCAAAGGCAAAGUAUGAAAAGGUGCUACGAGAGUUUAAUCAUGUUAAUCCACAAGAUGAUGAAGAAGGAAAAAUAUUUGCAGAUACACGGAAUUUGUUACACCUUAAUGUUGCUGCGUGCUAUCUGAAAGUAGGAGAAUGCAGAAAGUCCAUUGAGACUUGCAACAAGGUUUUGGAAGCAAAGCCUGCACAUGUCAAGGGUUUAUAUCGUCGUGGAAUGGCCUACAUGGCUAAUGGAGAUUUUGAAGAAGCAAGGAAUGAUUUCAAAAUGGUACGGAUCUUCAUACUGUACUGGAUUUAGAAUCUAAGAUGUAGUCUCAUCCAUUUCUAAACUCAC